AUGGCCUCCUCCGCCUCCGUUGCGGCCCUCACCGCACUCCCCUUUCCCACUUGCCCCUCCUCCGACGACUCUGACGACGCCAAGCCCCUCCCGCCUCCACCCGCGUCGGGAGAAACCCGCCCUCCUCCGCAGCAUCAGCAGAGGCCGCGGUGGUGGCAGCUGGAGCGCGACUGCAACGUGGCCAUGAAGGCCCUGGCGCGUGCGGGCGAAGUCGACCAGGUGCUCGCCCUCUUCAGAGAGCUCAGGGCUUCCAGAACCGGGCCGGGAGGUGCCUCGCCGCCCAAUGUGCUUUGCUACAACACUCUCGUCAAUGCGCUCGCAGAAGCUGGCCGGGUGGAGGAGGCCCACAACGCGUUCGAUGAAAUGCUUGCAGCAGGGGUGGCGCCCAAUGCAUCGUCCCUCAACAUCCUUGUCAAGCUGCAUUCGUGGAGAUCUGCGCGGUUUGACCUCGCGUACAAGGUGAUCAUCCAGUUGCAAGAGCUCGGGGUGGAAGCUGAGGUGGGCACCUACUCCACGCUUGUCACGGGGCUGUGCCGUGUGGGGAGAGUGGGCGAGGCAUGGGGCGUGCUCGAGUGGAUGCUGGAAGUGGGGUGCCGUCCCAUGGUGCAAACUUACACGCCCAUUGUACAGGGGUAUUGCCGUGAAGGUCGUGUCGACGAGGCCAAGGAGCUGAUGUCCACGAUGGAAAAUGCUGGUUGUCCUCCCAAUGUAGUCACCUACAAUAUUCUGAUCAGGGCUUUGUGUGAUGCUGCCAGAUUUGACGAAGUCAGGCAAGUUUUAACGGAUAGUAGAACCAAGGAUUGGAAACCCAGUACUGUCACCUACAACACAUUUAUGAAUGGUCUCUGCAAGAAAGGUAUGGCUAAAGAAGUACUUGAGCAGUUGGAUGUUAUGCUAGGCGAAGGGCUGGAUCCCACAGAUUUCACUUUGAGUAUUCUUCUGAAUUGCCUUUGCCAUGACAAGAGGAUUCAUGAUGCCGUAUGCUUGCUGGAGAGGAGCACAUCAUUGAAAUGCUAUGCUGGUGUUGUUGCAUACAACACUGUGAUGAGCUGCUUAGGUGAAAUGGGACAUUGGAUGAGUGCUCUAAAGUUGUUGACAGACAUGAUCAAGAGAGGUGUCAUGCCAAACACGAGGACAUUCAACAUUGUCAUUCGUAGUCUUUGCUUUCGCCGAAAGUUCUCCAUAGCCAAGAGCCUCGCAAGUAACCAAGGUUUUGCUGCAAAUGUCGUGACAUACAAUACACUCAUUUAUUUUGUUUUUUACUACAGUCGAAAGCUCAGUGAGGUGAAGGACCUAAUAUUUGACAUGACAGCAGAGAGGAUUGCUCCAGAUGAAGUUACCUACACUAUAAUCGUUGAUGGAUUAUGCAGAGAUGGAUUUUUUGAUACAGCCACUAGUUACUUUCUAGAAUCGCUUGAGAUUGGACUGUCAAGGGAUCUUUUUGCUGUCCUUACAAACAGGCUUGCUCACAAUGGCAAAAUCUGGGAGACAAUUCACAUAUUCAAGGGAAUGGAAGAAAAAGGUUUUAUCCCCGAUAGUUCUAUAUUUGACCUCACAAUCAGAAUAUUCUGUAGGGCUGGUUAUUGUCACGACACAGAUAUGUUUAAGGUUAACUUUAUUCUGGAUACGAUGUUGGGAAAGCAGUGA